UCCUCUUCUUAAGCUGGGUAUUGUGUUUUGUAUGAUGUGUCUUUUUCUUUGUCUGUUUCUUUUUAAAUUCACUCAUGUCUUUUUUAUCAUGGUUGUUUUAUGAUCUUUAACUGGAAAGGGUGUGAUAUCUUGGCCAGAUCUCUCUUGAAAAAAUAUGUUAAUCUCAAGGCACUUUCUGGUCAAAUAAACAUCAACUAGAAAUAAAAAAAUACUCUGUUCCUCAGAAAAGGGGUGUAAAGGUGUCUGAUACUCCUUUCUGUGGAGUGAGAAUCAGUCACCACCUUCUGCAUCUGAGAGCUAUUUAAGAGAGAUCACAGACUCUGCAAAUCACUGAAACCUGCCACUCAUCUUCCUUGAAGAGGUUUGACAACUAUUUUCUGCACGCAGCUCUUUCUCGCUUUGAAAGCUACACCAUGUCUUACCUGGUACCUGUCCUUCAAAUUGGUGGACGUGGAGGUAGCGCGUUCAACUUCAAUGGCAUUGACUCUGGAGCAACGCUGGAAAAGAUAGGUGCAUGGGCAGGAGGCUGGCAGAUAAAAUCCAUCAAGAUUUGGCUCACCAAUGGCCAGUCCAGGCAGUAUGGAGACCCCAGUGAUGGGCCUUACUCUGAAUACACAUUUAAAAAAGGAGAACAUAUCACCUCUCUUUCACUGUGGGGGAACGGAGCUGGAACCCGUCUAGGUGCCAUCAAGUUUACGACAACUCUUGGCGGCGAAUUUUUUCCACAGAUGACCUCAUGGGGCCUGAAAACAGAGUAUCCCAUUGAUAUCGGCUCUGGCAUCUGCAUGGGAGUCAUUGGAGGUGCAGGUGCAGACAUCGACAGCUUAGGGUUCAUAUUCAUCAACACCAUCAAGUCUGCUGUCCUUACCAACGUCGAUUAUCCCACCCUUCACAAUGUCAUUCCUCAGGUGGCUAUAGAGGAGGUGAAAUCCAUGACUUACCAUAAUAAAACUACUCUUCCUCAGCAGUAUACAAUAGAAACUACAAAGAAAAUCAUCAAAAAGUCCUCCUGGUCUGUGACCAACAAGAUAGAAUGGACCUUCAACGUGUCGGUGAAAGCAGGAAUUCUAGGUUUGGUAGAAAUUGAGAGUGGAUUCAGCUACACAAAGGGAGUCGAAUCUACAUACUCUCUGGAGAAUUCUGAAGAAAAAGAGGAGAAGCUGUCUUUUCCUGUCCAAGUUCCUCCUGGAAAAGCAGCGGAUGCGAAGAUCACCAUCGGCCGGGCUGUUGUAGAUCUUCCAUAUACGGGUAAAAUGAAGAUCACCUGUUAUAAUGACUCUGUGCUGACGUUCAACAUCAGUGGAAUCUACAAUGGCCUCACUUACACCAUUGCAGGUGUACAUGUAGAAGAACAUAAUGAAGCCUAGUCAGGUUUCCCCAGCAACUUAAAGAGAGAGAUUUAAAUGAGGGGAAAAAUCAGAAUAAUUAAGCUCUUUCUUUUCUUUCUGAUACAUUCUACUGUAUAGUUCAACACUUUUCUCUUUUUUCUUAGCUAGAUUUGCUAGAUUGAUCCAUGUAGGCUGUUGCUUGGUGACUAAUUGUAAUAAAGUGGCCUAUAAUAGCCUUGAUAUCAGCAGGUAAAAAAUAAGACAAAAAAGCUUUUCAUUGUUUUUUUUAAACAUUUAUUUGUAGUGAAACUUUUUUGUUUGAUUGAUUGAUUUAUUAGCGUUCAUUACUCAUUUAUGAAUUUCACUUUCUGCAUCACUUGUUGAAAGUAUUAAAUACUAUGUAUGUGUCUUUGCAUUCAACACUAACUUUACAGCAAAAAAAUGAUAUUUUCACUUUAAUUCGCUCGAUCAUUUAUGUGGAAAUAACACGUACACACACUUCAGCUCUGUUCUGUGUGAGAUGAACAAAACAUGUUAAAAUAAUAAAUAAUAAAAUCAAUCCUAC